CUGACAGCAUGUGAAAGAACUGAAGUCUGAACAUUUCCAGCUUAAAACAGACCAAUAGGAGAUUUAUCUUUUAAGUGACUGAUGGAAAUUCAAUGAGUGGUGGAUGGAGCUCUUGAAGUUCAAGUUGCUUCCACUGCAUCGUUACUGUGAGAACAUGAAAAUGAAUUACUUCUGUGAACAGAUCAUAAGACUGUGUUUUCAGGGUUACACAGCUUUGCAUCUUGCUUCUAUCCAUGGACACCAGGACAUCAUCCAGACACUGAUCAGCACUUACAAUGCUAAAACCAACAUAAGAGAUUAUCACGGGAAGAUGGCUAUUCAAUACUGGAGCGGCUGCACUGAUAUCUUCAACCAACCAGACCCUCAGUCCGCGGAGAGAUUCUGUCGGGGGCAGCGGACACAACGCUUUGCUCUGCCAUCCCUGCGUCUGUCUCGCUCUCGCAGUCACGGACAGCUCCAUCUGGAGUUUGGGACGCUGCCUCAGUCAGGCUCUCACGAUGGGUUGGACCUCCAUGUGUGACCUCCACCGUCCUGCUGGAAACCCCAAGUCCUGCACGUCUGCAGCUGCUUGCCUUUCAGAAGUCACUGUCCAGAUUCCAGUAGAGGCCUCUCAACUGGGCCAACAUGUGAUGGCCACAAAACUCAUUUGUCCAACCUGCAUGGAAACCUGGAAAUGAUAGGAAAUGAAGAGCAAAAUUCUCUAAUGAAUCUAUCAUGAGAAAAAUUUGUGCAAACACUGUAGAGAAAGAAUAAAACAGAUUACACAAUAUAAACUCUUCCUCUUUUCCAGUCUUCAUCUUUUUAGUAACUUUUCCUUAUGCAAGUGGAAAUGCAGAGUAACUCCAGAGUGUUCAUGAAUUUAGUUUGUGUCUUUCUUUGUUUAGAUUGAUUUAAAUGAACGACAAGCUUUUUAACUAUAACACGGCACCAGGCACUUGGACAGUGUUUGAUUACAAAUAUGCUCUCCAGCAUGUUGAUUAGACCUUGAUUGAGAUUAUUAAAAAUAAAAUGUCGGUGUUUAAUCUCUG